AUGUCUGCCGAAAAUUCACACCACCAGGUGCCCAAGCACCCCAUCGCGCCCCGUCUCAAGACCGGCCCCAAGACUCCCCAUGUCGACCACCCGUCCUACACAAAGUUCCACAGCGAGUCUCUCGGUCACGAGAGCGACAAGUGGUGGGCCAAGAUGGCGAAGGAAACCUUGCACUGGGACCGCCCCUUCCACACCGUCCGCUCGGGCUCGUUCGAAACCGGUGACAUCGUCUGGUUCCCCGAGGGCGGUCUGAACGCGUCCUACAACUGCGUCGACCGCUGGGCAUUCAAGCACCCGGACAAGACCGCAAUCAUCUACGAGGCCGAUGAGCCCAACGAGGGCUCCGAGAUCUCCUACGCUCAGCUCCUUCGCGAGGUUUGCGCCGUCGCGAACGUCCUCAAAUCAUGGGGCGUCAAGAAGGGCGACACCGUGUCCGUCUACCUCCCAAUGACGUGGCACGCCGUCGCCACCUUCCUCGCCUGCGCCCGCAUCGGCGCCGUCCACUCCGUCGUCUUCGCCGGCUUCUCUGCGGAGUCCCUCCGCGACCGCGUCCAGGACUGCAAGUCCCGCGUGCUCGUCACCUCCGACGAGGGCCGCCGCGGAGGCAAGGCCAUCGCCACCAAGGCCAUCGCCGACGCCGCGCUCAAGGAGUGCCCACUCGUCGAGCACGUUCUCGUCCUCAGGCGCACCGGCAACACCGUCCCGUGGACUGCUGGACGGGACAAGUGGUGGCACGAAGAGACCGCCAAGGUCCCUCGAUUCUGCCCCCCAGAAAUCAUGUCCGCCGAAGACCCGCUCUUCAUCCUCUACACGUCUGGCUCGACGGGCAAGCCCAAGGGCGUUGUUCACACCACCGGUGGAUAUCUCCUUUGCGCCGCCCUGACUGUCAAGUACGUCUUCGAUGUCCACCCAGACGACAAGUUUGCCUGCAUGGCCGACAUCGGCUGGAUCACCGGCCACACCUACAUCGUCUACGGCCCGCUCGCCAACGGCGUCACUACCACCGUGUUCGAGUCUACCCCUGUCUACCCUACUCCCGCGCGCUACUGGCAGACUGUCGACAAGCACCAGAUCACUCAGUUCUACUCCGCGCCUACCGCCAUCCGUCUUCUCCGCCGUCUCGGCGAGCACCACGUCCAGGACCACGACCUCGGCUCGCUGCGCGUCCUGGGCUCCGUCGGCGAGCCGAUCAACCCCGAGGCGUGGCAUUGGUACAACGACCACGUCGGGCGCAAGCAGUGCGCCAUCGUCGACACCUUCUGGCAGACCGAGACCGGCUCGAUCGUCGUCACGCCCUUCCCCGGCGCCAUCGAGACGAAGCCCGGGUCGGCGACCGUGCCGUUCUUCGGCAUCGAGCCCGCCAUCCUCGACCCGCAGACCGGGGUGGAGCUCGAGGGCAACAGCGUCGAGGGCGUGCUCGCGCUCAAGACGCCGUGGCCGUCGAUCGCGCGCACGGUCUACCAGGACCACAACCGGUACCUGGACACGUACAUGAAGCCCUACCCGGGCUACUUCUACACCGGCGACGGCGCCGCCCGCGACGAGCACGGGUACAUCUGGAUCAAGGGUCGCGUGGACGACGUCAUCAACGUCUCAGGCCACCGCCUGUCGACGGCGGAGAUCGAGUCUGCGCUCAUCACGCACGCGGGCGUCGCCGAGACCGCAGUGGUCGGCACCGCGGACGAGCUCACGGGCCAGGCCGUGUUCUCGUUCGUGACGCUCAAGCCGGAGUUCAAGUACGACGAGAACGACGAGGGGGGGCUCAUCAAGGAGCUCACCCUCCAGGUGCGCAAGGUGAUCGGCCCGUUCGCGGCGCCCAAGAAGAUCUUCAUCGUCGCGGACCUGCCGAAGACGCGCUCGGGCAAGAUCAUGCGCCGCGUGCUCCGCAAGAUCGUCGCGGGCGAGGGCGACCAGCUCGGCGACCUCAGCACGCUCGCCGAGCCCGCGGUCGUGGACCAGAUCAAGACCAAGGUCGCGGCGAUGCAUUAG